AUGCGGGCUUCCCACGAUGCACUAUUGUCUGCAACCGUCUCACUUGGAACGAAAGGCAUUGCUACCAACGGUCCCGAGAAAAGAAAAGGAUUCGAAUUGCCGGGAACGAAUCAGCUGGCGGAUUUCAAACGCCCCGAUUAUGUCCAUGCGUACGCCAAGCUUAACGAGGUGCAACAAUGA